AUGAAUGCCCCAGACAGAUUUGAAUUAUUUAUAUUACCAGAUGGAGUUGAAAAGAUAAAAAUUACACCUGACUCAAAGGUACCUAAUGCAGCCAUUGUGAAGAUCGAAAGAGAGGACCACACGUUAGCUAAUCUAUUAAGGGCCCAGCUUCUCAAGGACGAUCGUGUUAUUUUUGCUGCUUAUAAAGUCGAGCAUCCUUUGUUUGCAAACUUUGUUUUGAGAAUCCAGACUGAAGAUAACUACUCUCCAAAGGAAGCUCUAAAAAAUGCAUGUAAUGCUCUCAUUGCUGAGUUGCGAGACAUCCUGAACAAAUUCCAAAAAGAAUGGGCAUUGAAGGGUUUGAUGACGCACAAUGAGGAUGAGUUCUGA